AUGUCCCAACCUAUUCGAAUCGCUAUAUCAGGAGGCGGGCUUGCAGGUGCAUCCUUAUUGCAAGCCCUCCUUAAAUUCUCGCACUUAGACGUACACAUUUUUGAGUCAGCCUCAGCAUUCAAAGAAUCAGGCAUGGCGAUUGGAAUAGCUCGUAAUGCCCUUGCUGCCCUUGAACUCAUCGGCCCCUCGGCGACUGAGUGCCUCGAGCGUGCUGGAGCCGUGCCUAUGAAAGGAGUCCGCUUCAUGCUAGCCCAGGGCGAAAAUCGAGGCAGCUUGAUCGAUGAGGUAGACGGUGAGGUCCAAGGGAAACGAGUUACUAGCAUCGUCCACCGUGCCGCAUUCCUCCAACAGCUUCUAGCAGGCGUCCCGGAAGAACGAAUGCAUGUUGCCAAAAAACUUGACGGGACCAAACGUAAAGAUGACGGAUCUCUCAUACUUCACUUUACAGACGGGACCACCCAUGAAUGCGAUAUUCUCAUCGGUGCGGACGGCAUUCAUAGCACUGUUCGUAAACUAAUCCUUGGCAAGGAUGACCCCGCUGCUUCACCCAGGAACACAGGCACCUGGUUGGUGAUGACUCUUCAACCCUUUUCCAAAGCUCAGACCAGUCUUGGUAAGGGCACGGUGGAUCUUGAAGAUGCUCGCGAAUAUUCUUGGAUUGGAGAUGGCUCCUUCAUACUCCAUAAUCUACUAAGCGACGGCCAAUUGGUGCAGUUCGUUAUUGCAUCGUACGACAAGGAAGCCGAGUCAACAGAUCGUUGGAAUCGAUCCGUGAGUGCCGAGGAGAUUAAAAGACUCUAUAAAGACUGGCCAUCGCAUUUAAGCAAGGCUGUCGACGAGCUAUUAUGUGACCAACACGAACAUCAGGGGAUGUACUUAUGGGAACACCCACCGGCCCACACUUACAUAUCUGGUCCCAUCUGUGUUAUGGGCGAUGCUGCCCAUGCUACCACUCCCUUAGGUAUUAUAGGGCAAGGCUCAGGGGGCGGCAUGUCUAUUGAAGAUAGUCUUGUUCUUUCAACCUUACUCGGGUGUGCUAAAACACCUUCUGAGGCGAUUACGGCUUUAAAAGUGUAUGACCAGGUUCGACGCCCCCGUACCCAGCGUAUCGUCGAGUCAAGCUACGGGACUGGCAUAAUUAUGAGAGGCAAAGGUAAGGAUAUAGGACUAGAUUUGGGGAAGCUUCGAGAGAACUUGCUGCCAAGAUGGGACUUCAUCAUCAAUUAUGAUAAUGAGAAACAUUUGAAGGAGGCAGUAGAGAUAAUGAGAAGUGAGCUAAAGGGUUAG